AACAAUACUGUCACACUCUUGUCUCGUCUGCAACGGGACGGGACCACAAUUUUUGGUGAACAAUCCACACAUAUAUUUCACGAUCGUUUGCCGCAGUUGCAGCAAGUGUUGACACGCGCGUCGUAUUUUUCAAAUUGAUUCUAACGUGAUCGGAAGUUUUCUAGUGGAAUUUCGUCUACAGGAUGCAGCUACCUUUGGCAAUCGGUUUGAUAUGGCUUGCCCGGAUGUCACUGGCGCUUCCAGUGAAUGGCAACAGGACCUGCAACUGUGUCUGCGGAUUAAACGGUCGUACAAACCGAAUCGUCGGAGGCGUUGAAACUGCAGCCCACGAAUAUCCCUGGUUGGCUGGCUUGUUUCGGCAAGGAAAACUCUACUGCGGAGCUUCGGUGCUAACGAAAAACUAUCUCAUUACGGCCGCCCAUUGCGUCAACGCUUUCGAGCCUAGUGAAAUCAGGGUAUAUUUAGGUGGGCACAACAUUGCCAAAGACUACACGGAGCUCCGGCGGGUCAAGCGAAUCAUCGACCACGAAAAUUUCGAUAUCUUCACAUUCAACAACGAUAUCGCACUGCUGGAGCUGGAUAAACCGUUGCGCUACGGUCCCACAAUUCAACCGGCCUGCCUUCCGGAUGGAAGUGAACGUGACUUGAGCGGAUCGCUUGGAAUUGUUGCCGGCUGGGGACGAAUUGAGGAAAAGCAACCGCCAUCGAAGACUCUACGUUCGGUUGUGGUUCCAAUUUGGUCUCAGCAACAGUGCCUGGAGGCCGGUUAUGGGAGUAAAAAAAUCUCCGAUAAUAUGAUGUGUGCCGGGUAUCACGAUGGCAAAAAAGAUGCAUGCCAGGGUGACAGCGGUGGUCCGAUGCACAAAAUGGGUAACGCUGGGAGCAUGGAGGUAAUCGGAGUUGUGUCUUGGGGUCGAGGCUGUGCUAGACCGAACCUUCCCGGUAUUUAUACACGCAUCGUAAACUACUUGCCCUGGAUCGAGGAAAAAUUGGCCGGAGAAUGUUUGUGUGUACCCAAAGAUGUCGCCGCCAGGAGGAUGGAGUAAUGGUUGAAGUGUUCCUACGAGGCAAAUGACCUCGUCGAAGUUAUUUAUUUAUUUAUUCUAGUCAACAGUAAGUCUAUCAUUUAGGCUUGUAAAGUGUACCGUCUAUGUAGGAGCUAGUUUUGUUGCCAAAAAUUUUUGAUUUUAUGCCAAGUCGUUUGAAAUACAUGAUUGAAAAAGUA